UAUGAAUGCAGCUUCAGAAGCACAUCUGCCUUAACAGACAGUGAUUAACGCAAAGAAGCUCUUGCAUCAGUAAAGGGCCGAUAUGAACACGGAGGAGACCAACGUAGAGAUGAAGGACGCUGGGAGCAAAGAUGCUGAGCAGAAAGACGCGGAGGAUCCCGGUCAGGUCGCAGUCGAUGCUGGUGCCACGGAGGCCGAUGUCAGCGAGGCUGAUCUGGACCAGGAGGAGCAGGAGAAGCAGCCGAUGACCGGAGGAGAGCAGACUGAGGACACUCCACCUGCCAGCGUGCAGGACGCGGCGACGACGGCGGAGAAAAAUGGCUUGGUGAAGCUGAAAAUUUCUGAUGAUCAUGAGGAGGAGGUGAAAUUCACCGGGCUGAACAAGGAGGAGCUGCUGAGGGUAGCGGGAACCCCGGGCUGGGUUAGGACCCGCUGGGCACUGCUGGUGGUGUUCUGGCUCGGCUGGUUGGGGAUGUUGAUGGGGGCCGUCCUCAUCAUCCUGCAGGCCCCUAGCUGCAGAGAUCUGCCCAACAACAAUUGGUGGAAUGACGGCCCUCUGUACCAGAUUGGAAACAUCCAGGCCUUCACUGACACCCAUAACCUGAAAGGCCUGGAGCAAAAGGUCAACAGUUUGUCUCAGCUGAAGGUGAAAGGUUUGGUGGUGGGGCCGAUCCACGUCGCGCCAGCAGAUGACGCUAUGAACCUGAGGUUCGAGGAGAUUUCCCCUGAGGCUGGAAACCUGGAACAGUUUAAGAGUUUCAUCCAGGCUGCUCAUAAGAAGGAUAUUUCUGUGGUCCUGGAUUUGACUCCAAACUACCUGGGAUCAUCUGGACCCUGGUUCUCAAAAACCAGUGUGAUGAAUGUAGCAGAGAGACUGAAGCCUGCUCUGGUGUUCUGGCUGAAUGAAGGUGUGGAUGGCAUCCAGCUGUCAGGGGUGGAGCACGUAGCCACGGUGGUACCGUGGACCGAUAUCCGAGCCAUUGUCCAGAACAGCACAGAUCGUCCCAACAGCAGAGUCUUGAUUGGUGUCACCAACCACUCCUCUGCUGAAGACGUGUCUACCCUCCUCUCCUCCACGGGUGUUGACCUGCUGAUCUCCAGGAUCCUUUCUCCCAGAGACACGGAUGCUACAGAGCUCGUUCACUCCAUCCAGUACUUGUAUUCAACCCAUGGUCAGAAGAAGCUUGCCUGGAACCUGGGGGGACGGCUCGAGGGUCACAUGGCUUCACUGGUGGGUCCGACUCUGGUUAAACUGCACCAGUUGCUGCUGAUGACAUUGCCUGGAACACCCGUCUUCAGCUAUGGUGAUGAGAUAGGCCUGAUGGAUGAGGGCAACAAGUUUCCCAAGAUGCUUUGGGACUCUGAUGAGGAGCUAAAUGGGACUCUGCAGGAGGAGCGGGCGGAGCGCCUGACUCGUUGCAGUUUUUUCCGUAAUCUGAGCGAGCUGCGGGGUAAAGAGCGCUCCCUGCUGUUUGGAGACUUCAUCCUCCUCUUUAACUCCUCCUCCUCCUUGGCAUACCUGAGGGUGUGGGAUCAGAGCGACCGUUAUCUUGCUGCCUUCAACUGGGCUCAAGAGGAGGAAGAAGUGCUGCAACUGAGCCAUACAAUGCUGCCCCCGCGGGCUGUGGUUGUUCUCAGCACCAACAGCACCAUGCUGCCUGCAGACAGCAGCGUGGAUCUUACAAACCUGCGGCUCGGCCCCAGGCAAGCUGCACUUCUCAAGUUUCCCUACACUGGAUAGAAAAGUUGCUAGCAGAGUUUAGAUUUUGUUUAAACUGUUAUCAGCUAUUUCAUAACAAAAUUCUGAUUAAAGCCUCAUUCAAAAGGAUUUGCAUCACAGCUUGUAGUUCAGUCUUCAGUAAGUUAUAAAGAAGCACUCACGCUGGAAGUCCUCACUCCAUCAAAACACAACAUGCUAAUAUUAAGUGCAUGUUUUAUAUUUCACAUUACUUAUACUUUCCCACACUUUUAUCUCUUAUAUUCAUCCAGAAUAAACAUCCAGAGAUAUACUUAGAAAUAAGAAAAAAAAAAGUGAAUGCAGAACUUGCUUAAGAAUCUUCAUUUUUAAUUUUACUUUGGUGUCACAGUGAUUCAGUGAUCUAUGAAGUGAUACUGCAAACAAGAAAAGCUGAUUCACAAUUUGAAUAAAUGGAGCCAUCUAUAGGCAAAAAGAUGAACAAAGCUGUGGUUCUAUGUCCUGUCUGAACAAUGUUUUAGUGAAGUUAGCUGUUAGUAGCAAAUAUUUCACAGUUCUCUGCUGUCGAGAGUCAUCAGUUUAUGCUUGUGUGUUGUAUGUGCGGUGUUAAAAGCUGAUGUGACAAUUCACUUUCCCUUGCUGUAUGUGCGUUCUGAGAAAACGUGAAAAAAUAAAAAUCAUAUAAAGGCA